GUGAGCUCCUCGAGAUGGGAUUAGUGUAGGAGUAGAGUCUUAGCUCUGAACAUCAUUUGUUUGCUUUGGGGACAGGGCAGUUUCCCACCUAUAGCUUUUUGUGUGGUUCCUUUACGGGAAUCACAGAGAGUUGGUUGGACUUAAGAGGUCUUGUUUUAGGCCAUCUGGGCUGACUUAUUCUUAUUUUGAGGGACAGUGUUGCAGACCCUUAACCUUUCUUUUGGAUUAUACCUUUUGCCUACGGGCGUUCUUUUCUACUACUUUCCGUCACUGGAGGUUACUCGUGACGAGGUUGGGUACUUACAGCGGGGGCUGUAAAUAUAUAUUGUAUAAUAGUUUUAUCGCUUUUCGCAUUUGGGUUUAUAUAAUUCAGUCUUGUCUUAGUUAUUAUAUCGAAAAAAAAAUAUUCACGUAUUUCCGCAUUAAGUUUACUUUUGGUUACUAAAGUGACGCCACCGAAAUCGGGGUGUUACAUAGUGCUAGUAGGAUUAGUUGUCAUAAACGUCGUUGGUGACGUCCCCAUCCAAUAGUGACCAAAAUACCCCUGCGACAGUUUUUGAUCCGAUAAUGUAGACUUGGUCGUUCUGGAUUCAGAUUCAGACGACGAUCAUACUAGCACAUAGGUUUUAGUGCUGGUAUGAGCUCCUCGAGAUAGGAUUAGUGUAGGAGUAGAGUCUUAGCUCUAACUGUCAUUUGUUUCCUUUGGGACAGGGUAGUUUCCCACCGAUAGCUUUUUGUGUGGUUUCUUUACGGGAAUCACAGAGAGUUGGUUGGACUUAGGAGGUCUUAUUUUCAGACCAUUGGGUCAGCUUAUUCUCAGUUUUGAGGGAUGGUGUUGCGGACACUUCGCCUUUAUAUUUGGUUUGUACAUGUUGCCUACGGGCGUUACAUCUUUCUCUUUUCCGUCACUGGAGGUUACUCGUGACGAGGUUGCUACUUACAGCGGGGGCUGUAAUAUAUAUUGUGUAUUAGUUCUGCUAUCUCUCGCUUUUGCGUUUAUUUAUUUUAGUCUUGUUUAUAUUAUCGAAAAAAAAAUAUUCACGUUUUUCCGCAUUAAGUUAAUUUUUUGGUUACUAAAGUGACGCCACCGAAAUCAGGGUGUUACAAUGAUGGAGGUCAUGAUGAUGUAGAUCCACAAAAUUUAUCAAUCUUCAGUCAUCCUGGUCGAACAGCUAGAACUUCUAAGAGUCGAUAUUUAACUGAUAUGGAAUCAGCUGCUGCCCAUUUGCAUAUCCUACUUAAUUGUGACGAAGUUAAACCAUUCAUUGAGUACGUUCGUUUAUUGUAGUUUGAGUAUUCUUUUAAUUCAAUAAUAUAUUUACUAAUAUAGUUAUUAAUGUCAGACGCUUUGAGCAACAUUUGGAGGCAUCCUUUUCUAAUAUCUCUCAAGCUGAUAUUGAUGGUUCAUGAUAUAAAUAACAUGGUAGACGAUCAAUUAUUGCUUCACUUAGCAUGGGGUCCUAAGAGAAAGGUGGAGACUUGGCCUAUUUACUUUGUCAAUGGCUUUAAGUUUCAUACAAAAGAGUGGAGUGUCAACAAGAAAACCAUCAAUUCUGGAGUUUGUGUUCAAGGAGAUGAUGAAGAGCAUGAACAUUAUUAUUAUGGUACUCUUAAAGAGAUUAUGCAACUACAAUACCCAGGCUCUGACCUCAACUCAAUCUCACACAAAUCAGAAGCACUGUGUAUAAAGAGUGACCCAAGCAACGCUUUCGCAUUCACCAUGUUCAGUAUGAACAGUGGAAAAGCUUCAGAAGUUCUGAAGUUACACAAACUCUGAUGAGGACUCAGUCACUAGAAGCUCUGAAGAUCCAGAAGUUCUGAUAACCAAGAAACACUGAAGGCUUAGAUGUUCUGAUGGUGUAGAAGACUCUGAAGAUACAGAAGCUGAAUAGUGGAAACUCUGAAGUCCAGAAGCAAGAAACUCUGAAGACUAUGUACUUCCCUCUGAGUUCAGAAUCAGAAGAUACAACGGUCAGAGGAUCUGUGCUUUCCCUCUGACUCUGAUCAACCGGCUUCACAAGUUCCAAUAUGAAGCAUUCCCCUGAUCAGAAGUCUCCUAGGUCUAAAGUUCAAGUCACUUUCAAAGUACAAAAGCAACAGUACUAUCCUGACGACCUACCUAACAGUCUCAGACACAGCAGAAGCUGGAAUUUCCAGAACUGCCCUCCAACGGUAGCAUUUCCAUGCAGCGUUCAAACCCUAAUCCUUGGAGUAUAUAAAGAGGCUGAAGACUGAAAGAAACGGCUAGAAGCAUUCACAUACGCAAGACAUAUUCAAAAUCUUCUAAGUUUUCUUUCAUCUGAAAUUCAUUGAGUUUACUAUUAGCUUUUUAGAAGCAAAUCUCUUGUAAACAAUUCUUUGAUAAACAGUUUGUUUAGCUCCUUUAGGAGAUCAAGGUUGAUCGGAUCCUAGAGAAGACUAAGAGAGUGAAUCUUAGUGUGAGCUAAGUCAGUGUAAUUGUUAGUCACUUGUAGGUUUC